AUGAGGGCCGCACCCGGAAAGCACCACAACAAGCGGCAAAAGAGCUCGCUCCAGAAUGGCGCCUCGACUGCCUCCGCCGCCGAAUCUGGCGCCUCGUCGUCCGCCUCUGGCUCCGGCUCCACACAGCAACGACAGAGCAACAAGAAGCUGACCAGGGAGCAGGCCCACCGCAAGGCCCAGAAGCAGGCCGCCAAGCAGCGCCAGGCGCAGCAGGAGGCCAGCGGCAUCGCCGCCUUUGGCCGCCAAAAGUCGCUCAAGGCCAUCAACAAAAACGCCGAAAAGGUCAGCAAGCGCUUCCGCUACGCCUCUUUCAACCAGCGCCUCCAGGAUGUCCACCUCGCACCCGCCGCCAUCAGCAGCUCAGAGAGCUACAGGCCCAUGGCGGGCCUCGACAACCCGCUCGCUGUCCAGUCAGACCAGGACCAGCAGCAGCAGCAGACCGACGCCGAUGCCGACGACUUUUCGCUCCACGGCGCCACCGCCUUUUCCAGGGCCCUCGCCACCUGGUUCGAGCUCAACCAGUCGCUGCCCUUUCAGCGUCUCUACACCGAUCUCUGGCCAGUGACCCAAUCGCUGCCCCAGCUUCUGCACCACCGCGCCAUGAUCUGCUCCGCCCUCACCGGCUCCCUCGCCCGCCCGUCCGAGUGGCUCACGUGGGACGCUGCACUCGACCUGCUGCCCCGCCUGGCAAACGACCUGGGCUCCGAAUUUUUGCCCAUCUACCCUCAGGCGCUGAGGGCCGCCAUCCACGUCACCACGACCACCAAGGCGGUCACCGCGGGCGAUGAGAGGGCUGCCGCACUCAUCGUCGAACGCGGAUUCCAGUGCUCCGCCUGGAUCCUCAAAGCCAUCAGCCCGCUCGUCAUCAGCAAGGACCGCCGCGACCUGGACGUCGAUGAGACCGAGGGUGCCAUGGACGUGGACAUGGAAGACGACGACGAAGAGGAGGAGGUCGAGGUCGAUGAGCGUACCCAGCGCCUUGUCGAUACGUGGCACAUCGUCCGCCCCUACCUCGGCUGGAAACCCAUCGUCCCGCGGGCAUCGGCGACAGACAAGGCCACCGGCCCGAGCAGCGCGGGACAAGACGCAGCCGAUGCGGCGAUCGAGGUCGAGGACGACCAGGCGGCCGGCCCUUCUUCAGCGGUCGCGCCGCAGCAGCUCGUCUCGCGCAGCCUCAAGUCGUCGAAGAAUCUCAACGUGUCCAAGCACACCCGCCGCUUCGCCUCCGAGGCAUUCGCGCACCUUCUCCGCAAGACGAGGGGCAAGCAGCUCGACAACAUCAUCGCCGUGCUGCUCGGCGACCUCGAGGCGAUGCUCGAGGCCGAGGAUCUAGCCGGCCGCUACGCCCGCGGCAAGAGGCGGCCUUCGUCGGCGUUUUCCCGCGGCAUCGCCGGCAUCUGGGCCGAGGGCUGCAAGUCGCUGGAGAAGCGGCUGCACUCCAAGACGCUCAGUCUCCUCCGAGCACUCUUCCGGUCAGCUACGGGGCGCCGACCCGCUGCAGCGCCGUCGUCCGAGGGACGGCCGCGCAACUACCCGCACAUCGCCCGGCUGACCAUCGGCCGUCUGACGCUGAUUGCCCUGGUCCACCAUACGCUGUCUUCGCACUUUGCCCCCGUCGUCGAGAUGCUCAUCGACCUCGUCGAGAAGCGGCGAGAGGCGCUCGAGGAGGUCGACGCCCGCGACGCCGAGGCGAGGACGGUUGCCGCCAUCGAGUCGGUCGAGUGGCUCUCGACGGCCGUCGGCGUGCGCAAGGGCACUCGCGUGUCGGACGACGUCAAGGCGGAGCUGUUCAGCCUCCUGCUGCGCCUGUCGCCGCUUCUGCGGCCGGGCCAAGUUCAGCAGCUGAAGGGGCCGGACCACCUCGCCGCCCACGACACGCUCAAGACGUCGCUCGUGACGCUUUUCGCGCUCUGCCUUCCCACGGGCCGCAUCCAGGAUCUCAUCGGCCCGGGUGUCAAGCUGAUCGACUCGAUCUCUCCCGCAGGUGCGCCCGCGUCUUCGUCGGCCGUCGACCGACUCGAGCAGCUGCGCCUGUGGCCCGAAUUCAGCGGUCUCGUCGAGGCCUUGGCGGACCCCGCCGUCGCCUGGUCCGCCUUUCGCCAGUUUGCGCUGCCGACUGUCCUCACCGCCACCGCUACCACCGUCAGCCGCCAGGUGGACGCCUCUGAUGUGGCAGCUGCUGUCGCUGUCGGCGCCGCCAAGGACCAGGCGCUCAACCUGCUCGAGCGGCUGCACAGCAUCGACCAGCUCGGACACCUGCGGGUCGCCACGCCGUCGCCCACCCUGGUGCGUUGGAACAACGCCGUCUCUGCCGAGAUCCUCGCUCGUCUCGAGACCUUGGCCGAUCUGCUCUGCGAGUCGGCCGGUCACGAGGAUGCCUCGGCCUUCCCCUCGACGCGAAGCUUGGAGCCCUUACUGCCGGCUCUCGAGCUGGCUACGUUGCCGCAGAGUGCCGUCGCCAGUGAAAAAUACCCGGCGCUGCUGGUGCGCAUCGUCCGCGAGGGCCUCGUGCAGAGCGCCGUGCUCGCCACGGCCGCCACGGCCGAGUCGAUCUACGACCGCCAAACGAUCAACCCGGCCCUGCUGCUCGGCUCGGCGCUGCAGAGCCUGGCCAUCUUCGAGGAGCGCAGCCAGAAGUCCAAGGGCCUCGUCAGCGGCACGCUGCUGCUCGAGAGCAACACGAUACAGCAGAUCAUCGAGACGUGCUCCUGGCACCGCAACGCCAUGGCUGGGCUGGCGCGGCUGGCCUCUGCCUCGCACGCCAAGGCCAAGAUUCAGCUGCCGUGGCUCGAUGCCCUCGAGACGAGCGUCGAGAAGUCGGUCAUGGCCGCCGAUCCGAUGGUGCGCCUGGCGACGCUCGAGCUGCUGGCGCUCGUCGACGGCAACGAGUUCAAGAGCCCGGACGACCGACUCUUUGGCAAGCUGGCAGACGUCGAGCGCACGCCGCUGACGGCGCUCGCGGUGCGCGACCGCAACGUGCGCAUGCGGUCUGUCGGUCGCGAGCUGGGCCGCCUCAUCUCCGGUUACGGUAAGAAGAAGGUGUCGGCCGAGGAGGCGGCCCGGCGGCAGGUCCGGGACCGCCUGGUGAUCCGCUACAUUGUCGGCAGCUUCAAGGUCAACCUCAGUCCGAUCUGGGCCGAGUCGAUCAAGGCGCUCGAAGACAUCGUCGACUCCGGCAACGUCGAGACAAUGGAGCGCGUCUUCGUCACCGCGUUCACCGAGCUCGAGCGCGGGACGGCCACGGGCGAAGAGGAGCGCACCGACCUCCCCGCCGAGUGGCAGGACGAGCUCGAAGGUGACGCGCAAGGUGCUGCAGACGACGGCGACGACGACGAGCAUGGCGGCGACGACGGCUCGGCGAUCCCUGCUUCCAGGGCCAAGCCGGCAAAGUUCGGCGCGGACGCGCUCGAGAGUGGUGGCGACGAUGACGACGACGAUCGCCAGUUCAGGGAUCCGCAGCUCGCCGGACGGCGCUCGGCGAUCCGCAACUGCAUCGGCAAUGCUCGAAGCAGCCGCGGAGCAACAGACGCCUCCGCGGGGCCCAGAUCUGCGGCCCGGGGCCUCAGCUCGACCACGAUCGUCAAGGCCACGUCGAUGCAGCGCCCCGAUGCGCGCCUGGACCUGCUCAACUACCGAGCACAGAUCCUCAAGCUCUUCGGCGAGCUGCACCAGCUCGUCGAGCGCUACAAUGCCAAGUUCGUCGAUACCUUCCUGCGCGACUCGGGCCCCAAGAACUUGGCUGGCUUCUCGAUCACGCCGCUCGACGAUGACGACGAGGACAAGGGCGAGGAGCAGAACGACGCCGAGGGCGCAGCAGACGCAGCAGACCCCGGGCUGUCGUUCGAGGAGAGAGCGCUGAGCGCACCGGUCGAUACCCGAUUGUGCCUCAGCCGCAAGGAUCGCCAGGCUCAGCUGUGCGCCUAUCUCAAGGUCUUCACCCAGGUCAAGAACCCCAAGUCGUUUUCGCGCUCCGGCGAGCUGCACGACUACUUUAUGGCGCUCUGCGCAUCGCCCGACGCCGCCGUCCAGCGCCUCGCCGUCGAUGCGCUGCUCAACUACAAGGAAGAGGGCCUGGUGCCGUACGCGGCCCAGGUGCGCGACCUGCUCGACGUGGCCAAGUUCCGCGACACUCUGACCAAGUUCGACAUCUCGGCCGAAUCAGAGACGGUGCAGGACGCCCACCGGCCGACGCUGAUGCCCGUCGUGAUCCGCCUCUUCUUCGGUAUGAUGCUGUCGAAGCGCGGUAGCCGCGGCAGCGGUCAGCGGCCCGCGGCGCGCAAGGGCGCCGUCCUCUCGGCCCUGAUCGACGCCAAGCCCGAGGAGCUCGUCACGCUCAUCGACCUGAUGCUCGCCUCGCUCAACGACCAGCGCCCCACAUUCGAUGCCGAGGGUCGCUUCGUCACGAGCCAGGAGCGGCCGGCGGCGGUGACAUUUUCGCGCCAGCUCGGUUUCCUCACGAUGCUGACCGACGUCCUCAAGCACCUGUCGAUGCGCCUGCUCCCCUACUGGCCCGACCUCGUCGGUGUCGUCGUCAACAUCACCCACCACGCCAACCGCGCCGUCGAGCAGACGACGGCCAACCACGCUGCGGCCGUGGUGGCCGCCGAGGAGGCUGCCGCCGCGCAGGCGGUCGACGCCGGCGACGCCGGCGGGGAAGAGGACGAGGACGAUGCGCAAGACGACGGCGACGGCGACGACGAAGACGAUGCUUCGCCAGACGUCACCGCCGUGCGCAGCCUGACGCGGUCUACGGCGCGCGCCCGUGCGCUCAGGCAGGCCGGCUACAAGCGGCUCUGCGACUUUUUCCGCAAGCCGACGACGACCGAGCAGUUUUCGUGGCCCGCCUUCCUGCCGGAGAUCUUCGCCACGCUCGUGUCGCCGCGUCUGACGUCGUUGCGGGUGGAGUCGACGCAGAAUCCGUCGGCAUUGAUGGAUCUGAUCCACGUGUGGUCGCAGCGCCCCGAGACGAUCCGGCUGCUGGCCGCCUACGACGACCGCAUCCUGCCCAACGUCUUUGCCGUCAUGUCGGUGGCCAGCGUCAAGCCGCCCACGGUGUCGCGCGUGCUGGACAUCGUCGAGCGGGUGCUCGAGGUGGCCUCGGUCGAGGCGCGCGACGGCGCCGAGGCCAUACCGGACGUGACGGGCGCAUCGGCCUCGAGCUCUGCAUCGGUCAAGGAGCUGCUCGUGGUGCCGCACGUGUCCUCGUUCCUGUCCAACAUUGCGCCGUUGCUGCAGAAUGUCGCAGCCGACCAGAAGGCUUCGGCCCGCGAGGAACUGGUGCGCCGCGAAAUCGGCCUGCUGUCCAACAUCUCGCCGCUCGUCACCUCGGCCGAGGACGCCAGCCACCUGCUGAUGCUCCUGCAGCCGCUGAUGCGCAAGGGCAACCACCUGGUCCCGGAGCGGAUCAAGUCGGAUCUGCUCCAGAUCUUUGGCAACCUGCUCGCCAUCACGCCCGAGUUUCAGGACGUCGACUCGGCCACCUUUAGGCGCACCUACGAGCUCUUCUCGGGCCUGUUCUCGGCGCUGCGCGGCAAGGACGCCCGCGCCAGCCUGGUGGCCGCCUACUCGCGUUUCGGCGAGAUGGAUCCGAGGCUGUCGCGCGCCUGUUCGUGGGUCGUUGAGCUCAACGCGUUCAGCAUCAAGCGGCUCGAGGAGCCCGACUUUGACCGCCGCCUCAACGCCUUCGACCAGGUCAACGACGCCGACGUCCAGGUGGCCUUCGACGAGUGGCUGCCGCUCGUCCACAACAUGCUCUUCUUCAUCCAGGAUCCCGAGGAGCUCGCCAUCCGCAGCAACGCCGCAUCGUGCCUCAAGAAGUUCAUCGGCGCCACCAGCGCGGCGCUCGAGGCCGGCGACGCCGCCGCCGCCGCCAUGGAGGAGCUUUUCGGCGAGGUCGUCUGGCCCGGCCUGAAGCGGGGCCUCCGGUCCAAGUUCGAGCUGGUCCGGCGCGAGGUGCUCGGCGUCGUCUCGGCUUCGGUGCAGAGGCUCGGCCACGUCGGCGCGCUGGCCGAGAUGCGCGGCCUGCUAAUGGGCGACGACCAGGAGGCCAACUUCUUCAAUAAUGUCCACCACAUCCAGAUGCACCGCCGCUCGCGGGCCAUCCGCCGUCUGGGCGAGGAGGCGGACCGCGGCACGCUCAAGAGCAAGACGGUCCAAGAGAUCUUUGCGCCGCUCAUUGGCACCUUUUUCCACGCCGACAAGGUGGAGCUGACCGACCACAACCUCAUGUUUGAGGCGGCCACCUGCCUCGGCAAGCUGGCGCGCCAGCUCAACUGGAGCCCGUACAACCAGCUGCUGUGGAGCUACCUCAAGAUGGCCGACGGCGAAGGCUCCACCGCCAAGAUCUUUGUGCGCGCCUCGAUGUCCAUCAUCGAGGCCUUCCACUUUGGCAUGGACGAGCAGGUCGAGAUCGACAUUGUCGCCGAGAACGGCCACGUCCGCCGCACCGAUGAGCAAGAUCAGGAGCAGGAGCAGCGGGACGAGGAGGCCGCCGCCGAGAUCAAGGUCGAGGCUGGGAUCGACGCGCCCAUGGAGGCCGAGCACGCUGCCGAGACCGGUGCUCGCACCGAUGUCGAGGCGCCCUCCGAGGCCGCUGCCCCCGCCACCCAGCCGAUCGCGCCGCGGCAGCUGGGCGGCUCCAACACCGUCUCCAAGGUCACCGUGGUCGAGGCCGUCACCAAGAAGCUGCUGCCGGCGCUGAUGAAGUACCUCGAGCAAAAGGACGAGAUGGAGGACACGGUGCGGCUGCCGAUCGCGUACGGCGUGGUCCACGUGGUCCAGUGCCUGCCGCCGCAGACCAAGUCGCAGCAGCUUUCGAAGCUGCUGCGCACGCUGGCCAACGUGCUGCGCAGCAAGUCGAUCCAGACGCGCGACCUGGCGCGCGAGACGAUCGCCAAGGUGCUGUACACGCUGGGCGCCGACUCCCUGCCCGAGGUGCUGCGCGAGCUGCGGCGGGCCCUGACGCGCGGCCCACAGCUGGCGGUGCUGUCGUACACGGUGCACAAGCUGCUGGUGCACAUGAUGACGACCGAGCCGACGCCGCUGACGAGCCUGACGAGGGGCGUCAAGGACAUUAUCGAGGUCACCGUCGAGGACAUCUUUGGCGAGACGGCCGAGGACCGCGAGUCGAUCGGCGCCAAGACGUCGUACAAGGAGGUGCGCCAGAGCAAGAGCAUGGACACGUUUGAGCAGGUCGCCAAGGUCAUUGUGCCGUCCAAGGUGUCGGAGCUGCUGCAGCCGCUGCGCGACAUCCUGCAGCAGACCGAGCAGGCCAAGGCCGUCAAGAACGUCGAGGCGGCGCUGCGCAAGGUGGCCAGCGGCGUCAGCGCCAACCCGCACUUUGACUCGCACGCCUUCCUCAUCCUCUGCGCCACGCUCCUCAAGCGCGACGCCGGCUUCCUCCAGGCGCGCAAGCCGCAGACGUCAAUCGCCCGCAAGCACACGACGGCCACGUACAACUACGCGGUGCUGCUCAAGCGCAAGGACGUCGAGUCGGCCGACGCCGCCGACCGCGACCAUUACUCGCGCAACGCACACAAGUUUGUCGCCUUUGGCCUCGAUAUGCUCGUGACGGCGCUGCGGCGGUCGCGCUUCGACUUCAACGACGAAGAGGUGCUGGCCAAGCUCAACUCGCUGGUGCCCAUCGUCGGCGAGACCAUGUACGCCAGCGAGCCGGCCGUGGUGCAGCUCUCGCUGCAGACGGUGGGCGCCAUCCUCAAGUGCCCCGUCAGCCAGGUGGAGCGCGCGCUGCCGCUGCUCAUCAAGCAGAUCUUUGUCAUCAUCAAGCAGUCCGGAAGCGCCCAGUCGGACAUUGUCCAGACGGCCUUCCGCACGCUGGCCACGAUCCUGCGCGAUUGCAAGCAGGCCGACGUGCGCGAGCAGCAGCUCACGACGCUGCUCAACAUGGUCGCGCCCGACCUCGAGGAGCCGGCGGUGCAGUCGACGCUCUUCAGCCUGCUGCGCGCCAUUGUCGGUCGUCGCUUUGUGGUGCCCGAGGUGUACGACGUCAUGGACAAGGUGGCCGAGAUGCUCGUCACCAACCAGAGCGGCCACGUCCGCGGCCUCUGCCGCGCCACGUACCUCCAGUUCCUGCUCGACUAUCCGCAGGGCAAGGCGCGCCUCAAGAACCAGCUCGGCUUCCUCGCCAAGAACCUGUCGUACGAGUACGAGUCGGGCCGGCUGAGCGUCAUGGAGCUGCUGUCGGCCGUCUUUGACAAGUUUGGCGACGAGCUGCUGCAGGAGCACGCCGACAUGUUUUUCGUCGCCCUCGCCAUGGUGCUGGCCAACGACUCGUCGACAAAGUGCCGCGAGCGGGCGGCGGCUCUGGUGCGCAGCGUCUACGCCGUCAUGAGCGACGAGCAGCGGCGCAAGACGGUGCAGAUGGUCCACGCCUGGGCGGCGCAGGACGCCCGCCCGGAGCUGGCACGCGUCGGCGUGCAGAUCUACGGCCUGCUCCUCGAGGCGGCACCCGCGGAGGAGUCGGCGGGAUGGGCCGUCCACGCGCUCGAGGCCGUCGGGCGCGCGCUGACCGAGUGCGCCGACGACCUCGAGGCGCUCGAGUCGGCCGAGCAGGACGCCAUCUUUGGCGCCUUUGACCUGGGCGGCGCCGCGGCGGGUGCGAGCGGCCUCGAGCUCGACUGGCAGCUGCCCUACCAGUGCGUUCAGGUGCUUUCGAAGCUGCAGUCGACGGGCGCCGCCUCGCUCGACAGCAAUGGCAGCGGCGGCGACGAGGCCGACGAGGCGGCCCGCGUGGCCGUUUCUGCGGUCCGACGCCUGCUGCUGUUCCCGCACAAUUGGGUGCGCAAGGCGUCAUCGCGCCUGCUCGGCUCGCUCUACGGCGCCCGGGAGCCUGUGGCGCCGCGCAUGGUGGCGCUCACCGAGGAUCCCGUCGCCAGUUUCCCCGCGCUGGUCGACACGGCUAAGAAGCUGUCGCUGCAGCUCCGGAGCGCUGCGCUCGACGAUGAGCUGAGCCUGCAGGCCGUCAAGAACCUCGUGUGGAUCGGCAAGUGCCUGCUCCUCUUCCCCGUCGACGCGUCGACCUCGGCGGCGGCACGCAGCAAGAAGCGGUCCGCCAGCGACGACGACGAUGAUGAGGGCGAGGGCGACGAUGAGGACGAAGACGAUGCCGCUUCGGACCUGGAUCCAUCGACGGCGGCGCGGCUCGACGACGCAGCCAUGAUUGCGGCCGAUCCCGUCGUCUGGCUGUUCACCAAGCUGUCGCACCAGGCCCGCACCUGUCGUCUGGGCCGGCCCAACCAGGACGGAGCGGCCGCGGCGGGCGAGGAGCCGAGGUGGAGCAUCCAGCCCGCCUCGAUCCUGCGCUGGUUCGCCGCCAUGGCGACGGGCAUGGACACGGCGCGGCUCGAAUCGGUGUUGCGGCCCAUUCUGCUGCCCAUUGUCAAGAUCACGGACGACGCGACGAUCUCCGGGACGCAGAUGGACGAACUGAAGAACCUAACAAUGGAGGUGCAGACGCUUCUGCAGUCCCUCGUGCCGACCUCGACGUUUUCGGGCGUGUACACGUCGAUCCGUACCGCCGCCGUCGAGAAGAGGCAGGCGCGCAAGACGGCUCGCCUCAUGCGCUCCAUCCAGGACCCGCAGGCCGCCGCGCGCCAAAAGGCGAGGGCCAAUGAGAAAAAGCACGCCGCCCGCUCCCGCAAGAACCAGGAGUUUGCCAAUAAAAAGCAGCGCGUCAAGAGCGGACUCAAUGGCGGUAGAGUCAAGAGGUGA